GAUUUUGUGGAUAUUAUAGUAAUUUAUUAAAAUAGUUGAAAUCAUGAGUCAAUUGAAACUAGACGACAAUCGAAAACCUAGAAGCACUGGACGGCCAUCUCAUCGUGUGACUCCUCAGCAGUACGCAUCCACUAUCCCACCUGAUGAGAUUCGAACCUAAUACCUAUCAGUCUUUCACGCGAACGUUUAACCUCUGAACCACUCAGACAGAGAUGAACAUCUAUUCUGAUUACUGAUUAUAUAAUUACCCAAUUAAAUCACACACAUAUAUAUUUUUAUAUAUAUAAAAUUAUAAAUUUACUUACCUUUUAUAGAUUUAAUUAUAUUAUUAUUCUAUAAAAAGAAAACCUUAUCAAGAUAACAAUAUGCUUCAACCAGAUGAACUUGAUGCAAUAGAAAAAUUAAAUGAAUUAUGUGAAAAAGAAGAAAAAUUAGAUAAACAAUCAUUAAAAAAAACUCAUAAAAUUCAUCAUCAUGAACAUCAUAAUAAUUUAUCAUCUGUAUUUCGUUGUAGUGAUACACGUACAUUAAAAACAAAAAAUUUAUCAAAAAAUGAAUCCAAUACUACUCAUAAUACUACUAAUACUAUUACUGAUACUACUGAUACGACUACUACUAAUAAUAAUCAUAAUAGUAAUAUAGAUGAUAAUCAUUUAAUACCAACUGGUUUACCGAGAAUUCAAACAAAAAUUACAGUAAAAAUAUUGAAAUAUGAUUGUUGUAUAACAGUGAUAUUAGAUCCAACAACUAAAUUAAAUACAAUACAAGCUAUGUAUGAUUUAAAUGAACAACUUAUUAUUAUUGGUUAUCAACGUUUAAUUACAUUAAAAACAUUAGAUAAUUUACCAAUGAAAUUUAAUGCUAUUAUUGAACAAAAUAAUAAUUUUAAUUAUGAUUUAACAACAUAUGUUGAACAUAGAUAUAAAGUUAAUUUGGAUAUGUAUUAUUUAAAUUCAGCGCGUGUUAAACAAAAAAAUAAUAUUGUUUAUGUUAUUAUACCACGGAAAAUUUAAAAAAUAUUUAAUAAUAAUAAUAAUGAAUUCAAUUAUGAUAUAAAUAAAAAAAGAGAAUAUAGAAACAUAGACCCCACCCCCCUACAUCUUUUUGUUGUUGCUAUGAGUGGUAUUGAAUUAUUUCUAUGCUUGAUGUUGUUACCAAAUAUGAUACAUCAAUUGAACAUCAAACAUUGAACAGCAUAUGUAUUAGAAUGGUCAAAGUUCAUUUGUUUCUUUGUUUUUUCGUUUUUUUAUAUCAUACCGCUUGUAUAUGACUUAAUUUUCUUUAUAUUGAUUGUUUAUAUUUCAUUAUAUCUUUUUUGUUGUUGUUAAAAUGAAAUAUGUUAUAAUUGAUUUUAUAUUAUUAUAUUAAUUGGAUUUCGAAAGUUAAAAUUGUCCAAUUUAAGAUAAUAAAAAAACAGUUUUUUGUAAAGAUCAAUUGUUUUUUUUUCUUCUCUCAACAUAUUAUACCUGAAUAUGAAUGCUUUACAUAGUUACUUAUGACUGUUACACUUUGUAGAGUACUAUAAGCUGACCAUCAACAUUAUCUAUCCAACUUUGUUCUAGACAAUCCAUUUUUACAGUUGUUUCCAGUUUCUGUUCAUCCUUUUUAUGUCUACUUCCAAUUCUCUACGUAGUAUGUGUAUUCUUC